GUUGUAAAGCAAAACAACUGCGCUCUAAAGUGUUCGUUCUUUUCAGAAUUUUACGUUUCAUGUGUAAUUAAACAAAAAUAUCAAAGUUGUGCAUUUAAAUUAUAAACAUAUGAUGAAUUGUUAACGUUAUCGAUGCUUGUGUGUGCUUACGCUGGUCCGUCUACAGCAAUAUAUGUAUUUUUUUCGCUAUGUGCAAGAGAAGACGCGGUGUCGGCGAUGUGAGUGUUUCCAAUCCAAAUGGUAGUGACAAGGUUGCUCCGCUUUAAAGCAAUUUAACUGGUUGCCUUCGAUUGACGGACUGACAACUGCACUAAAGCGAAAAAAUCAACAAUUCAACUAACAAGGAGAGAUAAUAAGAGAACGAGCAGAGAAAAAAAGCAUAAAAUCGUAAAAUCAGCAAAAUCAACACAAACUACUACAGUGCGUAAGCAAGCGGCAUUUGUACAUCAUUUUACUAGAAAAACAAACAACAGCUCUACAGUUCAUUUACGUUUUCAAAUAAACAAUAGUGACUAUUGCGUGUGUAUGAGAGAGAGAAAGAAAACGUAAGAAAAAACUUACGCCAGACAUAAAACAACGCGAGUUGCAAUUGGGCAACGUUUCAUUCAGGACAACCACAGCAACAACAACGAGAGUGAACGGAAGAGCGAGCUUAACAGCAUUAACGGUGCCCUUCUGGGUGCCACUGGCUGCGGCGCUAACACGCGCGUCGGUGGCCUUGACAGCUGUUUUUCUAGGACAUUGGGAUCUGCAGAGCAUAUCCCACAUCCCCUAUUGGAAAUCUACUUGGUUUUAUUUCGGAACUGACAACUGUCAAUUGUGUACGUUUUUGUAAUUUUAAUGGCAUUUCGUUGUUUGUUCGAUGCCACAAAAGAUGAACAAUGAACAAAUUGGUGUUUCAUCAAUAUCAUCAUCAGCGACAACCUUAUCAUCAUCCACAAUAUCCACAUCUGCAACAGCAACAGCAGCAGCAGCAGCAGCAGCAACUGCAACAGCAAGUGCAACUGCAUCUGCUAGCAAUAGCAGCGCAGCAGCUGCGCAACUCAUCAAGGCCAUAUCAACAGGCAGCGCCGCCAGUGUCGUCGCCGGCAACGCCAAGGACAAAGAUAGCAAUAUUGCCACAUUGGUAACGAAAAUCCAGGCUAUUAUUCCUGACACGCCAAUCGUUUCGAUUGCCGCCGGGACGUUGAGUGAGAGUACCUCGACCACCACAUCGACUAAGACGACGCCGACGCCCUAUUUCCAGGAGCAGCUAACCACCUUGAUGUCGCACAAUGUAAAGCUGGAGCAGCGACCCGCCAACGAUCUGUCCAACAACACCAACAGCAGCAGCAGCAAUAGCAACAGCAACAAUACUAACAGUAGUCCAUCGGCGACUGUUGUUGAUCUUAGCCAGAAUCAUGUGGCGGCUGUUGAUAAGAAAAGCAACAGUAGCAGCGAGGGUGGUGCCGGCAGCGCUGCCAGCCAGGACAGCGCUGCAAACACGGCACAUCACAAUUUAAAAUUGACGCCGCUGCUCAGUAAAUCGGACCAGCCUGCGUCAGAUGUGAUUGCCGCGGCAACGGCGCUGCAUCAUCGACGCGGCGCCACCACCAAAGGUAAAACCCAGGAUGACCAAUAUGUGGGCAAGCGUCAAAAGAAUAAAAGGACAAAGUACGAUCCUUGGGAGGAUAGCGAAAUAAAUGAUCUCGACGACGCAUCAUUGAAGAAAUUGCUCGAGGAGGCCUAUUGGUAUCGCAGCCCUGGCGACAGGAAAAACAAAAGCGAGCGUUUUCUGCAAAUGCUUAAGAAGGCUGAGUACGACGAGGAGAACUCUUAUCGUCGUGUCAUUAAAAACUGCUUAACUCGCAACACGUCCGCAUCAUCAUCAUCAACGUCCAGCGGCUAUUAUGGCCACAGCAGUAGCGUAGGCAGCGGCGGCAGCAACUUCGGUGCGCACAAUAGCAGCAACAGCAACAACAAUACCUAUAGCAGCAGCAGCGGCUAUCAUAGCAGCAACCAUCGGACGGCAUCACAGCGUCAUAGGCAGUUCGGCUCUUUGCAGGAUUUAGUCGAGGCGACGCAUCGCAGCGAGCUGGCAACGACGUCAGCGGCGGCGGCGGCGGCAGCGGCAGCAACCCAACGUUUCAACUGUGAUUAUCAGCUGAGUGGCGCCAGCGGCAGCGGCAGCAGCGGCAACAGCAGCAACGCUCGAGCCAAUCGACGCCAACAGCACAACAACAACAAUAACAAUAGCAGCAGCAACAACAAUAGCAACAACCAAAACGCCACUCUGGUCCUGAAGAAGUUCAAGAUCAACUCAAACUCGUCUGUGUCGGCGCGACAGCGCGAAGGUGGCAGUUUGCCCAGCAGCGUCAACUUUGAUGCCAAUAUGGAUAUUAAGCAGAAGCUGACCGUUGGCGAGCAGAUGGUGCUCAGCAGUGUCAAUGCCAGUGGCAACAAUCACAACAAAAACAAUCGCAACAGCAACAGCAACAGUAAUGGCAGCAGCAGCAGCAACAACAACAGCAACAGCCUUCCCAGUCAGCUGAAUGAGACUGGCAACAUGGUCGUGCAGUUCGAUCAGGAUGGCGUGGCCAUCGAUGUCGCUGGCGGCCAAAUAUAUGAGCAGGAGGAGCUACAUUCGGAUGCGCAGCACAAGGAUAAGCCUGAACAGCCGCUGGACACUCUCACUCAGCAGGUGCAGAAGCAACAACAGCAGCAACAGAAGCAGCUGUCCGAUGCCAUAGACUCGGGCGCUGUUAAAGAGUUCCUAAUCGAUGAUCCGCUGCACUUUUUCAUGCUGGAGCAGUCUGCCAAGCAGCAGCAACUGCGGCAACAGCAGCAGCCGCAAUACGCCGCUGCGCCGUCCAAUGCUCCAGGUGCCAGUGGUGCUGGUGGCCCAUUCACGCUCACUCUGGACGAGCACAAGCGCAAAGUGGAGGCCGGCUACGUUUCGCUCAAUGACAGCUACACGGCGUGCUCUUCGGUCUACGGCGUCGGCAGUUCCACAUCCUCGGGCGCCGCCGGCCACGAUUCCGGCAAUUCCGCUGAUCUAUUCGCUGGCUCCGAUCUGCGUACGGCCAAAAUUGGACACAUGAUGACCGCGGCGGCCACAGCAGCUGUCGCUGCCUCGCACAGCGCCAAGUCCACAACGCGCCAGUUUGAUGAGAACGGCAACGCCCUGAACGAUGGCUACGCAGCCGUCGCCGCAGCAGCGGCGGCAAUCGCUGCUGCAGGUGGCACCGGCACCGGCACCGGCACCGGCAGCAGCAGCGGCAACGGCAACAGCAGCAGCAACAGCAAUAGCAGCAGCAGCAGCAGCAGCUCCGCCGCCAAUCAGUUCACGGCCAUGAUUACAGGCAACAGCGGCGCUCAGCAGCACCAGCAACAGCUGCAGCAUCAUCAGCAGCGCUCGAACAGCGUUGGCGGAAACAUGACGACACCGGCCAUGGCAUUUGCAGCUGUUUGUGCCACCUACAACCAGCUGCAGCAGACGCCCAUGAUUGGCGGCCCGCCGCAGCCACCCACCAAGCUCAAGGCGAAGAAGAAGUCGCAGCAGGAGCGGAACACCACCACGGUGGAUGUGGAGUCCGUGGCUGGGUAUCGCGGCAAGGAUCCGGUCGAGCAGCUGGUCAAGUACAUUGAGAACGACGGCGCCCAGCAGCAGCAGCAGAAGAAAAAGGAGCGCAAGAAGCAAAACAAGCUCAAGAAAUGUAAUUCGCUCGAAGAGCUGCGCAGCUGUGCGAAGAUGGAGGUCGACGAGCUGAAGCGCCAGUCGGCAACCACUGAGAUGAUGCGCAACAAGAAGGGUGGCAAGCACAAUUCCGCCUCCGUGGCGGACAUCAAUAAGAACUGCAACAAGGAACAGCAACAAUCACAGCAGCAGCAGCAGCAGCAGCAGCAGCAGCAGCAGCAAUCAUCCCAGCAGCAACAGUCACAGCAGCAGCAACAGCCAUCGGCGCCACGCAAGGGCGAACGUCGCUCCUGGGGUACCGAGGAGCUGCAGUAUUUGGGCGAGCCCGCGUUGAACGACAGCAGCAACACCAGCGGCAACAACAGCAACUGCAGUGAGCCAGCAGCAGCGGCAGCAGCAGCAGUAGCAGCAUCAUCAUCAUCACAGAUAUCGAUGACGAGCGGCACAAUGCCAUCGCUUGAGCUGCCCUCAUUGGCGCGCAUGUCGGAGAUUGAGGCUCUCAAUACGGUGCUGACUGAGACGGCCGAGUUCCACGUGGUCACCAAAAAGAAGAAACCAAAGAAGCAGCGUGCCGUUACCAUGGACGAUGCGGCCGUCGCGGCAGCUGCCACAACCGGCGGCAACUUGCAGCGCAUGCAACAGAUCACAAAGUCGGCAUCGUCCAAUAUGAUGUCGCAACGCUUGCGCGGCAGCAACAUGGACUAUUACAACAACAACAGCAACAACAACAAUUAUUAUGCUGCACACACCGGCUACAACAGCAACAAGCAGCAGCAGCAACAGGUGCAGCAGCAGCAGCAACAACAACAACAACACGCCACAACAGCAACAUCAGCAACAGCAACUGCAGCUGCAACGACAACAGUUGUUGCUGGCACACAGGAUAAUUCACGUCGCAAGUCCACAUCGUCCAUGCCGCCAUCGGAGAAAUCUGAUUCAAGUGAUCUCGACUCGGUGCACUCGCUGCCCAUACAAACUGGCAAGAAGAAGAGCAGCAACAAUAAGCGUUCAGCAGCCGCCGCACAGGCCAAACAGAAUAACAAUAACAACAAUAACAACAACAAUAACAAUACCAAUAAGAAUCAUAAUAAUGCGCCCAUCUCGUAUGCGGACAUCGCACGCAACAAGCGCGAGCAGCUGGCCGCCAGCGAGGACAACGAUGCCGGACACGAUGGCCAGGGCGCAACCACAGGCUCAUCCCUGUUGCUGCUGGACAACAACAACAGCAGCAGCAGCACGAACAACAGCAACAGCAGCAGCAGCAGCAAACAGCGCGCCGCCAAGUCAAAGGCGCGUCCCGACUUUCCAGAGCUGCCAAGCGCCAUGGCCGCCAAUAUAACAACAGCAACAGCAGCGGGCGCUGCAACAGCAACAGCAGCCGCAACAGCCGCUGUGCUCAUCAGCUACUCGCAGAGCCUGAGCAAAUUGCUGGCGCACAGCAACAGCAGCGAGGCCGAGGAGCAGCAACAAUUGCAGAGCACAGCAGCUGUUGCGCCCACAGCAGCAGCAGCAGCAGCAGCAGGAGCAGCAGCAGCAGCAACAUCAUCAAACACAACAAAUGCCACCUCGAAUCAACAGCAGUCAGCGCCGCCAGCGCUGCAAAAGUCCAAGAGUGUCGAGCACGAUGCCCGCGGCAACAGCAGCAGCAGCAGCAGCUACAGCUUCAACAGCAGCAAUCUGGACUUGCAGUAUCCGGCGCUGGAGAAGACUGUGAAGCGGCACAGCGUCAACUAUGUGUCGCUGCCUUCGGCCAUCAGCAGCAACAUUAAUUUUGCUGCAGCUGCCAAGCAACAGCAGGAGAAGGAGAAAGAGAAGGAAAAGGAAAAGGAGAAGCUCAGCCAAGAUGUGACGACAGCAGCAACAGCAGUAGCAACAGUUGCUGCUGCUACAGCAACUACCUCAGCCAAGGCUAAGAGCAAGCCAAAGGAACUAUCACCUGGCAGCAGCAGCAGCUGCAACAGCAGCAGCAGCAGCAACAGCAGCAACAGCAGCAACAGCAGCAACAGCAGCAGCAGCAGCAAGAAGGAGAAGAAGCCUAGUCAGGAGGAGCAAUCAACGUCGACGAUGACGACGUCGCCGCCCAUUAGCUUUAACACAUGCUGCCACAACAACAAGGCAACUGCAGCCACGCAGACGGAGGUGGCCAAGAAGCACAGCAGCUGCAACACUGUGGCCGCUGGCGUGCAGACAGCAUUGCCGGCGGGCAAUAGACCCGCUGUGAUUAUACUCAACGAUGAUCGCGACUCGGCGCUGGGCAGGCUCAACAACGAGUUCAUCUUUGGCGACUUCAAUGAGGACGAGCUGAAGCUGUUCGACGACGCCAGCGACAAGGAGGAGUCGGACGAGAAGCCCCAUCAGGUGGACAAGCAGCAGCAGACGACGCCGACAACAGCAACAGCAGCAACUGCAACAGAUUCCAGCUGUGACCAACAGCAACAGCAGCAGCAGCAACAGCAACAGUUGCAACUGCAGCUGCUUAACGAUUCGGGCGCCGCCUCCGAUUUGGUUAAUAGUUCGGCCUGCAUGGAUAUGCUGCUGAUCUCAGGGCAGGCGGCACAGUCGUCGCCCAAUGCCGCAGCCGCCAAUAACAGCUCAUCGACUUCGUCGACGCCAUCAUCGUCGGCUUCCUGCUCCACCUCCGCCUCCUCGUCGACGCUGAGCAGCGCCAGCAACGGCAAUGGCAAUGGCAACGGCAACGGAAGUGGCAAUGGCGGCAGCGCCGCCUUGCACUUGGCCAAUCAGUCGAGCGACAGCGGCAUCUAUGGCACUGCCAACAUAUCGAAUUCAGCUGCGGCCACCAUCAAGGAUCAGGUGAAUAAUUUCCUAAGCAAGGCCAGCGCCGGCAACGCCAAUGCCAAUGCCAGCGGCAACAGCCACAGCCGCAGCCACAGUCAUAGCCAUAGCAACAGCAGCAGUUGCAGCAGCUGCCAGGAUGAGCCGCUGCCCAUGCAACAGCUGGAGACAUGCAACGAUAUCGAGGCAGCAAUUAUUGCAGCUGCCCGCGCCGCUGCUGCAGCGGCCUCGUCGCGCAGCGGCAGCUGCAGUCGCAGCAAUUCACGCGAGCAGCCGGCGACAGUUGCUAACGCCAAGCCACGACCAGCUCUCUAUGGCACCUACGGCCUGGGCAGUGGAGUGCAUCCAGCAGCUGCUGCUGCUGACAAUGCUGUUGCUGCUGAUCAUCUCGAUGACGAGGACGAGGAGCAGCAGCUGCACGAGCUCAGCUUUAUGUCUGAUCUCAAAACGGAAUUCGGGGCGACGCCCACACCGCCCCAAUCAUCAUCAGCAACCACAACAACAUCAUCAUCAGCAACAAACAUGUCCGCACCACCGUCACGUCAAUGUCAAAUGUCCAACACGGAGCUCAUUGUGGACUACAUCAGCAGCUCCUGGAAUGCCAUCGUCAAUAGCAAAUACGUAGUGUUCUACACCGAUCAAGAGGAUUCGCAGCCGAUCUGAGCUUGAGGAGGAAACAACAAAGAACAAAUCAAAUUAAACAAAAGAAACGAAAACAAAAGAAAACAAAUCAAAUGAAAAGCAAAGCAAAGCAAAUGAAAGGAAAGCAAAGCAAAGCAAAGCAAAGCAAAAAUUGAAAACUAAAGCAAAAAACACAAAAAAAAUCAUUUUAUAUAUAUUAUGUUGCAUGUAUAAUUGUUGAGAGAAACCAUAGUCAGAAGUGCUGUUGUGCUGCUGGAUAUUGUUGCCACAAACACAAACACACACACACACACAGACACACAAACAAACCACACAUCAACUAUACACACACACAUAUGUAUAUAUGUAUAUGUAGCUAUAUAUAUAUGUAUAUAUAUAUGCAUAUCUAUAUAUCUAUAUAACUUUAUAUAUUUGCUAUAAAAAAUACGCUUCUUAAGCUAAUUAUAAUUGUAAAAUUGUAAAAGCCCAACUAUUGUACCAUAUGCAUAUAUAUAUAUAUAUCUUUAUAUAUAUAUAUGUAUAUGUAUAUAUUCAAAUCACCAUUGGAAGCCUAACAGAAUAAACAAUAAACAACAAGAAAUAAACAACAACAAAUGUUUAACAACAAGCAACCGACACCAAGUCAAGUCAGCAAAAAUUGCGCA